CCCAGCUCCCUGAAGGCUGGGUGGAGGCAACAGCCAAGGCAGACAUGGAGGUGACACCAUCUCAGAGGUGAGAAGGGGCUGCAGGAGGAUCCUGGGGAAAGGAAGAGACCUGAAUGCCCACUGAGGACCGUGGGCCACGGUGGGUGUCCUCAUCAUACACUUAGCAGGACUGGGCACGUGUGUCUGAACCCCAGUGUGUCAGUUCAAGUCCAACAGGAGACAGGGACGAGGUGGAGCCCGCCAGGAGGCUCAACAGGCUGAGGUGGGCCGUUUGCCAGAGAGCCGGGGCUGCUUCCCGAUUAGUGACCUUGUUGCUUUGAGCCCAGGCCGAGACAGUGCGUCAUGGUGGAGGAACAUGGCAGGACAAACUGCUCACCUGAUGGCCGAGAGGGAAAGGGUAAAUGAGGAAAAGGCUGGAGCCCCCACAACCACAUUCAAAGACUCGCUAUAACCUGAAGACUACCCACCAGGCCACGCCUUUAAUCCCAAGUACUUGAGUUCAAGGCCAGACUGGCUUACAGAGCAAGUUCCAGGAUAGCCAGGCUGUUAACACAGAGAAACUCUGCUUUGAAAAACAAACAAGCAAACAAACAAAAACACUACCCACCAGGCCCUUCCUCUUAAAGGCUCUGCUCCCUCCCAAAAACACACAUUGAGGAUCCAGCCUUUCAACUUCAGACUCUAGCAAGUGGCCAUAUCCGGCGAGGUCCUUGUUGAUGGAGACCUAGGGCGCUGCAUGAUGGGACCACAUCCUGGCCCCCCUCUCUGCUGCUCUUCUAAUGAAACCCCUGUCUCGGGAGACUGCUGUCCUACCCUACGCCCUCUCUUAACCACGGUCACUUCCAGGGGGGCUUUGAUGGGGACACACUCCACCGCAGAUAAACCUCAGCGGGUGGACGCUGGGGGGCUCUCACUUCAGCACCGUGACUGACACACCAUGGUGAGCACUUGUGUUUACUCGGGCAGAUGUUUCCAUUGCUUUGGGGAACACGCUUGGAGAUGGAGUCACUAGGCCACAAGCCACACAGGCUUGAGUCACCUCUCCGUUGUUUGUCUAUGGUCUUCGUCACUUUACGUUCCUCUUCAAUCAUCUUUUCUGAAAUGGAGUCUUUGUAGUCAGACACAUUUUUGCUUUCUCACGGUAGCGUGUAGGCACACUUUUAAUCUUUUAUUUGGGUUUCUUAAUGCCUCUCCUAUACCUGUACCUCCUUUCCAACCCUUAUCCACCCUAAUACCUUCCAACACCAGGUAAGAGAGAAAGAAGGUUAGUGGAGAGAAGGUUGGCUACUUUCUGCUAGUGAGGUUCUUUGGAUUCCUUGGGGAAAGUUCAAUCUUCAUUUCAGGAAAUCUCCAAGUUCUUCUUCUUGUCAAAGUGCAACAGCAGCAACCCAGGAGCAGCCAGGGGAAAGCAUCGGCAGCCUUCUUUCUGGGAGCCCCCCCCUUUCUCUCUGGGCUUUGGCAUUUAUUCCCUCUCCAGAGUCCUCAGACUUAAACUAUCUGCAGCUGGAAAGAGCCCCUCCCAGAGCCCGCAGGAGGCAAACAGUUUGCGGCCACGGGCAAUCUGAAUCAGCCCCAGAUCCCACACCUGGGGUUAACACAAAAACAUGUUUACAAUAACAAGACUGAGUUUUUAAAGACACCAAAACUUUCCACUCCUGUGCCCAGGGCUUUGUACCUGCUCUUUCGCUGAGUUACAUUCCCAGCUCUUCCCCGUGUGGUCAAAUGGUGCUUUUCAGGCUGGAUGACAUUGAAGUUGAGAGCAUAAGCUGAAGGGCAGUUAUUCCAGGCAUCAGGAAGGUGUGUGCCAAAGGCGCCGAGGUGAUUCUCAAGGAUGGACUUCCACGGUAGUGACCGUGAGCACCUUCCCACUUGGAGGGUUCUGGGCUGCGACACUCUUGUUUCAGUGAGCCCUAGGCUGCCAGUCCAGCCCGAAUGGACUGGCCUUGAAGACAGAAUCUCCUUUGUCCAGUGGGAAGUUGAAAAGGAAGUCCUCUUCCUACUGCCUGGCCCUGGGCCUAACACACCCGCAGGCUGGUGUGGAGGCUAUAGGUUGGGGAAGCAGGCAGCUAGCAGGACUUCGGUCACGGGGAGGAAGGCAGGGGGUUGGGUUGGAGAGGGAUGCCGUGGACCCCACUGCUCUUUGAUGGCUGGGGUCUUCCUGCUUUGGUAGCAGAGGUAUGGGUGAUAGAUACUAGAGAGUGACAGCACGGGGGCCGGUGUCACCUUGCAUCUAGAGGGGACUGAGGUGUAAUGUCAGGCCCAGCCUUGACAUUGACCGUGGAAGGGGAGAAGGCCGUGGAUCCAAGCUGAGCCCUGAGUCUCUAGAUGUCAGGAGGUAGAGCUGGACCACGUCUUUGACCCUGCCACCCCUCUAUUUUUAUCCCUUUGGUCUUCCUGGGACUGGAGACCCAGGGGAAAUGGUGACAUCGGCCAUCCUGAGUCAGAGCCCCAGCCUUCCACACAAUGCCUUCAGCAGGCAGAGGGAAAGGGCCUCCGUCUGGAGUAAGCAGCCUUGAUUGUACCCUUCCCUUGAGUGGCUCUUUAGUGAACACUCUGUGCUGUUUAUUGCACACAGCAGUCCUGUGUUUGGCUCGGGCUCAGGUCCUCAGAGGUGAGGGCAGGCACCCCAUACGUAGAAGGGAUGGAAGCAGCAGUAGGGGCAAGAAUCAAGAGAAGUGAAGAUUUCACCCCAACUAGCCUGUCCUAGAUCUAGCUGACGAGUCCCCAGGUUACUCGAUUGAUAGGGAUGUAGAAGCAGCCUGGGAGGGAAGGAGGGAAGUGAAUAUGGAUAUCCUGCUAGCCUGAAAGGGCCAGACAGUUGUUGCAACCGCCUCUGGAUGCUGUGGGGGCACCGGCAGAGGUGAAGAUAGGACACUUGGGAGCCAGGCGGCGUACUCACUCGGCAGGCAGCUGGCUUCCCUGCUUUAGUUCUUCGUCUGCCAAGUGCUUCUUCUCCUCAGGCCCUAGUGCCAGCUCCAGAGAGGGCAUUAUCUCUAGCACAGAGACCACCAGAUCCCUCCACCUGGGCCGUGAGGGCCCCGGGCAGGAUGGCUGGGUGCUGAGGAUCUGGAGUCUGAGCUUCGUAAGGAAGGGAUGAAACCUUGGGGGCACUGUGCAGACAUCUCAGCAGGUGGGAAUGACCUUAACCCUUCCUGUGGGGCACCAGGACUGCCUGGAUGGGUGAGUGGCAUCUGUCAGUUGGUGGGUCUCUGGGCUUCUCCUAAAGAGACGAGGUCAAGGCAGAAUGAGAACACAGCUUGACUUCAUCACUUACAAGCAGUAGACGUCCUAUUUCUCCCCAAGCAUUACUCAGUCCUGGUUACUGAUCAACCUGCCACUGGCUUCCUCCUUGGGCAGCCUUCCUGGUGCUACAAUUUCGUUGUUUUGACAAGGCGCUGGUCUUAGAAAGUGUUUGCACUUACUCUUUCACAAUCGAGGGACCAGUGUCGUCUUCCAGAAAGGGAAACCGAGCUACAGACAAGGUCCUGCUCCCAGGCCUCCUCUGAAGCUUUCGAUCCCCACCCCUGACCCCAGCUCUCUCAAUGCAAAGUUGCCCAUGAGAGGGGUGGGCGACCAGAGGGGCUGCUGGCCUGUUUUGUAUUUCUUAAAGGGCGUGUCUCCAAGUUAGAGAUAGAGGAUGGUAGCUGUCCUUUGCUGAGGUCCCCACAGACCAGAUUAUCUCUAGUUGGGAUAAUGAAAACAGGAAUGUGAGUCGGUGGGCAGUGCCCCAAUCUGGCUCCCCGGCUCCCAAAUCCCCUUACUGCCCCUUGCCCAUCUCCAGCUUGGCCACAACUUCAGCUUCCCAGUGUGCCCGUGGGGCUCCCUGCUUCCCUCUGGUGGCAGAAGCUCGAAGCGCGGACGGUAGCUCAGGAAACCCACAAACACCGGACCCUGCGCCCCAAAAAGCAGCGCGGCCCGGGGACCUAAGUGACUGGAGCUGGGCCAAUGCCUAGCAAACCUGUUGCUAUCACCAGAUCAUAUUUUGUGGGAAACUGAGGCUCAAGGAAAGUGAGCGUCCGCACUGGUGUUGAGAGAAUGGGGAUCCCAGAGGUCACAGAGUCAGUGGCACAGCCCCCGCGGCCGUCGUGGUGUGAAGCGCCGGGUGCUCCCGUGGUGGUGACCUGUACUUAGUUCUCCUCCCAGCGCACGUAGGGCUGGAGCGGAGCCGCGGGCUGCAAGGCGGAGGUCGCGGAGUCUAGGAGGAGCCGGGCUCGCCGGGGGCGGGGCGUGACGCACCUUGGCUGGGAGGCGCUAGCCCGGGCGCCUCGGCAGGCUGCAUAUAAGGGCGGUGUGGGGCGCGGAGAGCCAGAGCCCGCUGCCUGUGCCCCAGAGCCACCCCAGCUGGUUCCGAAGCCAGCCCAGCUCUUCCCGCACUCCCGAGCCCUCUGCAGCCCUCCGCCUCUCGGCCCCGCAGCCGCCCCCGGGGCAAUGAAACUGGCCGCGAUGAUCAAGAAGAUGUGCCCCAGCGACUCUGAGCUCAGUAUCCCGGCCAAGAACUGCUACCGGAUGGUCAUCCUCGGCUCAUCCAAAGUGGGCAAGACGGCCAUCGUGUCGCGUUUCCUCACGGGCCGCUUCGAGGACACCUACACCCCCACCAUCGAGGACUUCCACCGAAAGUUUUACUCCAUCCGCGGGGAGGUCUACCAGCUGGACAUCCUGGACACGUCCGGCAACCAUCCGUUCCCCGCCAUGCGGCGCCUCUCCAUCCUCACGGGAGACGUUUUCAUCCUGGUCUUCAGCUUGGACAACCGCGACUCAUUCGAGGAGGUGCAGAGGCUCAAACAGCAGAUCCUAGACACCAAGUCCUGUCUCAAGAACAAAACCAAAGAGAACGUGGACGUGCCCCUGGUCAUCUGCGGUAACAAGGGGGACCGGGACUUCUACCGCGAGGUGGAGCAGCGGGAGAUCGAGCAGCUGGUGGGCGACGACCCCCAGCGCUGCGCCUACUUCGAGAUCUCGGCCAAGAAGAACAGCAGCCUGGACCAGAUGUUCCGCGCGCUCUUCGCCAUGGCCAAGCUGCCGAGCGAGAUGAGCCCCGACCUGCACCGCAAGGUGUCGGUGCAGUACUGCGACGUGCUGCACAAAAAGGCCCUGAGGAACAAGAAGCUUCUGCGCGCGGGCAGCGGCGGCGGCGGCGACCCCGGCGACGCCUUUGGCAUCCUGGCGCCCUUUGCGCGCCGACCCAGCGUGCACAGCGACCUCAUGUACAUCCGCGAGAAGACCAGUGUCGGCAGCCAGGCCAAAGACAAGGAGCGCUGCGUCAUCAGUUAGGAGCCCCCGGCGUUAGUCGCACAACCCGAGGACCUCUUUUGUUCAGAAGCCGGAUUCCCGGGCUGGCCCGCGUGCUCCGAACCACGAGGGCGCCAGUUGGCCUCCUCCCUCCCUCCCUGCGAGCCAGCCCUGCGCGCCAGGGAGAUACUGGCAAACCAGUAAGGGACUGUCAUCUGCUGUGAAAUGAAAGGACUAAGCCUGGGACUCCCGGCCACCGAUGCCGCCCGCCCGCGGUGCCCGCCCCACUUCUGGGUUGCUAGGACCCAGCCAGGGGGACUUGGCAUUUUUCUCAGAGACUUGAGAAUGAGUGUGUGAAAUUCAUCGGCCUGUGAGACUUCAAGUAGCUGUCCUGCCUGCUGGAGGGCCGGGACCAACAGGGCAUUAUCGUCUGUAAUUGGUGUUGCCAUGACAGCUGUCAGCCACCAAUGCAAACCGAAAACUUUGGCGCGAGAUGGGGGGUUCAAUCGCCAAGUACUUGUUUACAUGUGUGUGUGUCUGUGUAUGUGUGUGUAAUUGCCCCAAAGAAAAACAAAACACAAAACUUGCACUUUAAUAGUUCUAGUGUCAACAUGACAUGAACAAAAUCUCUACAUUUCUAUUGUGUGAGGUCUUUAUUAAUUUUUUAAUUUAAAAUAAAAUAAUUAAAAAACAAAAAA